UGUAGCUCAGAUCUUUGUGUAUGGGGGUUAUUGCGCUGAUGAUGAAUGGCUCGGCUUGCGUGUUGUACGUGACUGCGUGUAAUGUGUUUUGGUGAAUUGUUGAUUUAGUAUUUAAUCAGUCAAGGAAGUCGGUUGAGGCGCAACAAGGCUCGGGCUUGAAUUAGUGUUGCUAGCUAACGUCCAGGACAAGUGGAUUUGUCUCGUGCUAUAUGAUGCCUCAGGACAACAUGAGCUCCCUGAUUCAGAGACUCGCCCGACAGGCGCUCACGACCUUCCGCAACCGGGCUAGUGAGGAAAGCAAGGCGUUUGUGGAGAACCAGAGCAAGCUGAGGAGCCUGCUGGCGGAGGUCAGGGCGGCGGAUCUGAAGAUUGUUCCUCGGUGUGUGGACAGCAGCUGUGUGUCCCCGCAGCUCCUCGGGCCGCCUGUCACCUACAUGCACAUUUGCGAGACGGACUCGUUCAGCAUGGGGGUGUUUCUGUUAAAGCACGGCUCUUGCAUCCCGCUCCACGACCACCCAAACAUGUACGGCAUGCUGAAAGUGCUCUACGGCAAGGUCAGGGUUAGUUGUUACGACAGGUUGGACUGCUCACCCGACAGCGCUAGCGGGAGACACUUUAACCCCCCGCUGCUCCCCUUCCAGAAAAGCGGCAUGCGGCUGUCCGUGCAGCGGUCUGUAGAGGAAUACACAGAGGACAGCCCCCCGUGUGUCUUAUCCCCCUACAGGGACAACCUGCAUCAGAUCGAGGCCGUGGACGGACCCACCGCCUUCCUUGACAUAUUGGCACCACCUUACGACCCAGACGACGGCAGAGACUGCCACUAUUAUAAGGUUUUGCAGCAGGGUCUGGAGAGUGCAGAAAGGACGGCGGGGGGUCAGGAGCAGACAGAGCUGUGGCUCAUGGAAAUCCCUCAACCUAGUGAAUUCUGGUGUGGUGCUGAACCUUACCCUGGGCCAAAGGUUUCUCUAUGAAGGAAUCACCACCUCGACUGAAAGACUUGGCAGGUCUCUGAAAGCCUGAUUUCUGCUCGUCCUGGCACUGUACUGUCCUGACAACAAGCUGGACUCUGUACUCUGCGAACAGCCACAACAUUUUCUGACCUCUCAUGGACCUGUUGCAGUGUCUCACCAGUACAAUUGUGAUCUAUCUGGCUAAGACUGCCUCUUUGCCUGAUAUGCUAAUGUACAUAAACAUUGAAUAUUUCGAAGCAAAAUGCUCUCUAAUUUGCUCUGUUUUAGUCUCUUAUUUCAACAUUUACAUAUUCAACAGAUAACAGCAAACUCAGCCUGUUUCUUGAGUUUCUUGUAUAUGGAGUGUGUGCUGGAACAGACAUUUAAAUAUAAUCUGUAAUAAGUUAACAAACGUUUAAAAAGUUCCUCACCCAUGUUUCAUUUUGUCUGGUUUUAAUUUACUGGACCCCGUGUGUGUGUGUGUGUGUAUAUAUGUAUAUAUAUAUAUAUAUAUAUAUAUAAUAUAUAAUUUUUUUUUAAAGCCUGUUUUCCUGUAUGGUAAUCCACAUUUCAGUAUGUCAUACAUACUUGGCCUGGUGUUCUAUUGAUACAAAGCUGCUGAAGUAAAUGAGUGAUUUGUAUAUCUAGCAUGUAAUUUAUAUCAUCUUUGCAGCUCAGCUCUUGUUUCAAUUUCACUCUGGACUUUGUGCCCAAAUCAAACGAGACUCUUUACAGCAGUGGUUCUCAUCUGUUGGGUCACGCCCGAAACAUGGAUUGCAUACACACAUGAAGUGGGUCAUCGGUAUGUUCUUAGUCAAAAGGUCAAAUACGUUUGCACAACAUUUGACCCUGCAUAUUUAUUUUGAAAGGCAUCUGGUAUUUCCCAUGUAUGAGCAUAAACAAGCUGUAAGCAGUCUGUUAUCUGUAUUGGUAGCCUGAUAGUAAACAGUGACCAAAAAAAAACCCUACAGUCAAAUUCACCUUACAUUCACACAGAGCACAACACAUUGGUAGAUUUUCUUUUUUCAGCUUUUGGGUCAUGACCUAAAGGUAAAUCACAACUCCAUGACUCAAGAGCAUUUAAGAACCACUGCUAAAGUGUCCCUUACAUAACUGAAUGACAUGAGGUUUUGAUUUUUUUAGGCACUUGCCUAAAAAACUUGCACAGUUAAUUGCAUGACUGAAGAAAUAUUUUGUAUAUUAUUUAGUUUAGUGUUGUGUUGAGGGAUCCUAACAAUUUCAGGCAAUUAUAAACAAUACAUAAAUUUCUGCUUUCAUUAAAGUUCUGUUUGGUUUACUCUAGGAAAAA